AUGGCAGAUAUUACAGUUUGCACAGCAUUUUUUGUUAAAUUGAUAGUGGACAUAAGUUUGGAAUCGCCCAUUCGAUCAAAUGCUCUACUUAAACACUAUGUGAAAUUUUCAAUGCUUACAAGAAAUUUCUUUAUUAACCCCGAGGCAAUCGCUGCUGUCUGCAAAGAACAAGGUAUGGACGAAGGACAAUGUAAACUCUUCUCGAACGGUUUCCAGCUUAUCGAUAGGUUCAUAACAACAAUCGAAUCAAAGUCAUCAACUAAAAAUGAAGAUCCACCAAAGGCAGAAACCACUAAGAUUCCAGAUAGAGUGGGAAAUGAUAUCAUGAUGGAUGACGCUGAAUACAUAAUGGAUAUACCACAACCACACCAAAAGUUGUAUGGAUCGAAAACAUGGAGUAGUCAGCCCGAACAGAAUGGGCCACAACUGUUUGAGAUUCGUAACGAUCUCGUUGCCAGCUUCACUCCACUACCCCCUGCUCCUCCAUUUGUGCCACCUACACCUCCAGCAGCUCCACCACUGGCAUUCCCGACAGUUUCGUCGUUGAUACCUCCAUUUGUUGCCAAAAUUCUGCCCGUAGACAAGCUACUUAGUCUCAAAGCUGAUCCAAUCAUUCGACGACAACGUAACACUGAUUGGGAUUUCAUAGAUGAUGAUUCACAACGACGAGUAAGAAGAGGAGACUAUUAUGACGAAAUCCAAUCUUCAAAAUCAGAAGAACCUCGUUCCUCCUCUUUCACUGGCAGUUCAUCGGGAAUAUCUGACGAUUACUACGGCUCUAUCACUGAUGUCUCCCCCACAAAACAAGAGAAUAAUUCUCCUUUGCAGAAUUGUGUCCACAUUCUAGGAAUUUAUUAG